GAAGCGCUCUGCAGCGUCAGCCUCUCCUUUGGUGCCCCUACAUUCCCCUAUGAUCAGUGGAAGAACAUUCUCCGAGACGUUUAUGUCGAUUUCGACCGUAUCUAUGGGUAUGACAUGGGCCUUGAGCGCCAGGUGUGCAGUGCCUCGGAGUGGAACUCGGCCUUUAUGGAUUAUGAGGCUGCCAUGUUAUUUGCAUUUCCAGGACGGGAGGCAGAACUCCAGGUGUAUCGCAGACAUAUCCUGAAACUCUUCUGGCGUUACCAGGAGUGUUUCCAUGGGCGGAUCCUUGCUUAUGAUCGGGCGGUGCGCAAAUUCGUUGGAGGGCGCCGAGACGUGCUCUUCAAUGAGAUAGGAAAGUUCAAUUCGAUCCGGGUGGCUUACCUGCGUGAAUCUGGU